AUAUGGUAACAGUAAAUUCAAAACAAAUGACUAAAGACAAAUAUAACGAUAAAUUAUAAUAAUAAAUAAAUAAGUAACAGUCAAUGAAAUAAGGAUAAGUAACAGUGAAUGAAAUAUAUGAGUUAACAAAUAUGAUGUUUUUAAAGAAAGAAAACAUUGCGUUAAAUUAUGUAUAUAUUAUACCACGAUUUACAUUCAUUUAAAAGAAAACAGAAUAACAAAAUGGAAAAAAUCCUAAUUUGUUUCCUCUUUUUCUUUGUCUCAGUCCAAAAAAUAGACUCUUUUCUUUUCUUCAGGCGUUUUAACGUCGAAGUUUCUAAUAAACUUGAAGGUAACAAAAUACUAGAGGUCACUUGUAGUGAGAAAGGAGUAUCGACCCGAGUUCAGUUUCUUGAUUUCAAUUCUAGUUUCCUAGUCAAAUUUAGAAUUUAUCCAAAAACGUUGAUAUGGUGCAAUUUAUGGAAGGGACCUAAUUAUGUGCACCAUGUGAAAUUUAACGCAUUUGUUGGAAAUGAGAAAUUCAUACAUGAUGUAUGUGGCAGUAGGAAACCUGACGUGUGUUUCUGGCAAGCACGAGAAGACGGAGUAUAUGUACGCAAUAAUCCAACUGGUGCCUUUAAAUUUAUGUAUAAGUGGGAUAUUAAUUAACUUAAUUUAACCAUAAAAUUCUGUUUUUUGGUUAUAAAUUAACGUUGUCAUAUUAAUUAUAUUAAAAUAAAAUCAUAAUAAAUGUAGUAUUUUGACGAGACAAAUUGUUUAAAACCAAGAUAAUCGUUCAAUCUAAAAAUAGUUUUAUGUAGUAAAAUUAUGAUGUUUUCUUAUUUAUCACAAUAAUUUGACUAUACUAGCAGAAAAAUAGGUUUUUUAAUAGAAAAACUAGUUCAUAUAUAAAUGUAUUCGCAAGCAUACGUACAUUUAUCCUCGGUCGAUUCUUAUAGCUAUGCCUCCAUUAUCCUUAGAUAAACAACUUGUUUUUUUUAACAACUUGAUUUUUAUAAUUGUAUACUACUAAAUACUUAUUUUCUAUUACUUGGAAAAACGUUGGAAUUCCUAUAAAAUUACAUAUAGUGGCAUUAUUUUAGAAAGCAUAGAGAGAGAGAGUGUCGGUUGAUAGAGAGACAGAGCAGCAGAGGAUUCACAACCUCAGUUCCUCCUUGAUUGGGUCAAGUAAAGAGUUCAAAUUUGAUAACACAAAAGAAGAGAAUAUAGAGAGCAGCAGAGGAUUCACAACCUCAGUUCCUCUUUGAUUGGGUCAAGUAAAGAGUUCAAAUUUGAUAACACAAAAGAAGAGAAUAUAGAAAAGGUGGCAGGAAACAGUUGGAGUUUCUUCCCAGAGUUACGAACAAAAUAGAGUCUUCUUCGUUACUAAGACAAUAAAAAAACCAUGAACGUGACUGGUGAGAUGGUGAAAAAAGUAAAAGAGUGGCUUGAAUCAACGUAUACACUGAAUAAAUAAGCUUAGCUUUAGUUCGCAGUUGCUGUAUGAAUAACUUAUGUACUGAUGUUGUUAAGAAUUUCGGAAUUUUCUUGGAUCAGCUCCUACAUAUAUUGUUACAUCUUGUUACAUUGAUAC